CGUUGCACUUAAAACAGCUAAAAUAAAAUACAAAAGGAAAAAUAAUACCAUUACAUAAGUUUCUCAAGAACAGCAAAAUAUUUAGUGUGCUAAUGCUACUUUCUCUCUAAUUUCAAUUUGGGUUGUCUUUGAUCAACUUCAAUUUGGGAUUUCCAGUUUUUUUCUGCUGUUUUUAUUGGAAAAAGGGCUAAAGAAUUGAUUUUUUGGCAAGGUAUAAAGACUUCGAGACUCUAUUUGCUCUUUGACUGGCUAAGGGAGUAAAGAUAUUAUCCACAAGAUUAUACUCGACACAUGGGACAAAGGAGUAUGUCCUACAGUAAUCACUUCAUGGAUUUUGGAGCAGAUCAGCAGAGUCCGGCGUAUAUUCAUCCAGAGCCUUGUGUGUUGUAUGGGAGCUAUACAGCUUUUCCACAUCCAAAUGCUCAUGCUAUUGUACCAGCUGCCGGGAUUGGUAAUCUCUAUGUGUCCCAUCUGCCAGGCCAGGGCGCUUUAAUUUAUGGGAUGCCACCGGCCAAUGGGAUUCAACAAUGGCAACCUCUCCCCAAUGUUAGCCCAGUGAUUCCACCACCAUCAAAUCCCUUUUACCCUUAUGUUGCUGGUCCAUCUGCAUCUACGGGUUUUCCAGUUCCAGUAGACCAGGGGUUACAGCUUCCAUUCCCAGGCACUGACGACGUCGUUGGAAAUAAUGCAGACAAUUUAGCUAGGAAUGAUCCACAUGUGGACAGUGUCGGAGGUUCAUCUAAGCAAAAGAAUGUUCAAGGCAGCUCUGGAAAUCUUGAACAUCAUUCUGCUUCUGCUGGUGCUAGUACUUCCGUUUCCCCAGUUAUACCAACAGCGCAUGAAUCUGAUGUUUCUUUGAGUGAUUCUGUAUCACGCGAGCAUGGGGGGAAUGACGCAGCAGCAUCCGCUGAAAAUGGAGUACAAAGAAGUGCGAGCAGAUCUGCUAGUGGUCCAGAGACUGUAUUGCCAAAUAACAGCAAUCAGCUGCUUCAAGGAAACUAUGUAGGCCAAGCCAAUCAGUUUCCUGGCAAUCCUUGGUUGAACCAGCCUUUCAAUAGUAAUGGUACUCAACCAUGGGCCUGGAAUCAGGCUGCUCCUUUACCCUAUCUGCCUGGUGGUGGCGGAGGCUAUGUACUCGGUGCUGGAAACGUGUGCAUGCCAGGUUAUCAAGUAAAUUCCAGCAACGGAGGUUUGACUAGUUCUGUUUAUCCACCCAUUCAUCAAGGACCACUGUACCCUCAUCAUCUGCCACCUAAUAUGCAAUUUAGGGGAGGCCACCCUCUGAGCUUCUCUCCACAGAUGACAGCAUCUUCAAGCAGUCACCUUCCAAACAGUUCGUCCAGUACUGCAAAUAAUCCAUUGCAAGGUGUUGUAGAGGGAGGGUCUGGAUAUAUGGGACCCUUCCUGCCAACUGGCUUUAGAAUGUACAGACCUAAUCAGACGGAAUUCAUGCGUGAAACAAAUAUCCACUACCACAACCUCCCUAAUGGAGUGAGAAUAGGGUUCCCUGGUGUGGUUGUUGCUGAUCAGCACAGAGAUUUGCGUUUGGACAUUGAUCACAUGUCUUAUGAGGAGCUUCUUGCAUUGGGGGAGCGAAUUGGCAAUGUGACGACUGGUUUAUCAGGUGAAGCCAUUGUCACCAAUUUGAAAACGAGAAUAUUUGUGUCUUCCCAGACUCCUCCUGCUCCGGAAAGUGUUGCAAGUGAAGAUCAAAAAACUGAUCUCUGUGUCAUAUGUCAGACUGAUUACACCGACCAGGAAAAGAUUGGCAUUCUUGAGUGUGGGCAUGAGUAUCAUGAAGAGUGCGUUAAGAAGUGGUUGAUUGUGAAGAACACUUGUGCUAUAUGCAACUCUACAGGGUUGUCUACAGAGAAAAAGAACGUGUGAAUAUGGCGAGGUGGUUAAUGGUGGGGCGAUGAAUAACCAAAAUGCGUGGAACGGGCAUUUUGUUAUUCUUGUUUAAUAUUUUUACUGUUCUCCAAGAUGUGGAAUAUGUUGCUGCUGAAAACUGUAUCAUACCUGUAUAUACUUCGUGCGACUGUCCACCUCUCGUAAAACAUUUACCUGUUGAACUUAUCUAUGUGAGACUUAAGUUGUACAGA